GACAGACAGUCAGACGCUCACGCAAGAGACGUGGGUCUGAUUGUCAUCUGAGAAUUCAUGCUGUUGGUGUUCACCUUGAAGGACAGUAGCGUACCGACACUGACAUUAGUGGGAUCCAAAAAGAUAUUCCCUAAUUUAUAACAAACCUUUAUGUAAAAUAAGGCACCACCAACAAAUAUUGCAGAAUGAAUCAAAUGAAAGCUCCAGGGGAAAAAAAACAGACUUGUGGAACAAUUUGUCUCAAAUACUUGCUAUUUCUCUUCAAUAUUCUCUUCUGGCUGGCAGGAGGGACUGUGCUGGCCGUGGGCGUCUGGACUUUAGUGGAGAAAAGUGACUACGUCAGUUUACUGAAUUCUAACUUGUACUCAGCCUCGGCCUACACCCUGAUAGCUGCUGGGGCCGUAGUGGUUAUGAGUGGGAUAGUUGGCUGCUGUGCCACUUUAAAGGAGAUGAGGAGUCUGUUGAUUGUGUAUUUAGUUUUGUUACUGUGUAUUUUUCUGCUGGAAGUCAUCGCUGGUGUCAUGGCCUACAUUAACUACCAAGAUUGUUUCCCUUUCUGCAACCAGCUGGAUGAGGAGCUCAGACAGAACCUGAAAGGCACCAUGGUGCAGAAGUACAAGCAGCCAGGAGAAGAGAGCAUCACACAGGCUGUGGAUAGACUACAACAGGAAUUCAAGUGUUGUGGGAGUUUUAACUUCUCAGACUGGAGAGAAAGUGUCUGGAUCCAGGCAGGGAAAGAGCAGCUAGUUCCUGACAGCUGCUGUAAAACUCCCACUGAAUUCUGCGGUCGCAGGGAUCACCCCUCCAAUAUUUACAAAGUUGAGGGGGGCUGCAUCAUAAAAUUAGAGGAUUUCAUUUUGAAUCAGUUAUACAUUCUUGGAGCAGUUGGAAUUGGGAUUGCAUUUUUACAGCUUGUGGGAAUGAUGUUCACGUGUUGCCUUUAUAGGAGCUUAAAAGAAGAUCCAUACUGAUACUGAACCCUUUGAUCACUGCUCCCGUUUUGUAAAGGGCAUUUUCAUAAACCAUAAACCAAUAGUGGCAAGAUUUCUCUAAAAUUAUGAGAUUAAGACUUUCAUUUGAUAAGAUACUUCGCUGCAGGACAGCAUUGGCUGUUUACGUCUUAAAUGUUACUAAAUUAACAUUGCAUAGAGUUCUCAUCACACCAAUGGAUUUUAAAGAGCAAAGUGUUUGAGUUUUUUUUUGUUUUUUUUGAGGGGGGUGUAUAACAAUGUAUUUAUAUUAUGAUAUAUAAGUAUUUAGUGACAUAAUCUAAAGUCAUAACUACUUUUUUUUUCUUUUGUUUUUUCUUAAUUCAAAUAAAGUAUAUUUGUCAUU